CUCGCGCCCUCUUCGUCGUCUCGGCCUCUGCUACUGCUGCUGCUACACCGGUCAUAGGCCGGAGAUGGUGAAAGCCAUCAGGAUCCACGAGCUGGGCGGCCCUGAGGCGAUGCGGUGGGAGGAGGUGGAGGUUGGGAUGCCCAAGGAAGGCGAGAUCAGGAUCAAGAACACCGCCAUCGGCGUCAACUUCAUCGACGUCUACUACCGCACGGGGUUCUACUCUGCUCCCCUCCCCUUCACACCCGGUAUGGAAGCUGUCGGCGUGGUGACCGCGGUGGGGCCCGGACUCACGGGCAGGAAAGUCGGGGAUGUCGUGGCGUACGCUGGCUAUCCUAUAGGUUCUUAUGCCGAAGAGCAGAUUCUUCCAGCCAAUGUCGCUGUUCCUGUUCCACCUUCGAUAGAUCAUAAGACAGCGGCUGCUACCUUGCUCAAGGGGAUGACUGUUCAAGUUUUACUUCGCCGAGUAUUUAAGGUUGAGGCUGGCCAUACUGUUCUGGUCCACGCUGCAGCUGGUGGGGUUGGUUCACUUCUUUGCCAAUGGGCGAAUGCCCUUGGUACCACUGUCAUUGGAACUGUUUCAAAUGAAGAGAAAGCUUCACAAGCAACUGAAGAUGGAUGUCACCAUGUGAUCAUCUACACCAAGCAAGAUGUCGUGACAAGAAUCAAGGAGAUCACAGAUGGAAAAGGUGUAAAUGUGGUCUAUGAUUCUGUUGGAAAGGAUACAUACAAGGCCUCUCUGGAAUCCUUGGCUCCCCAUGGUCAUCUGGUGUCGUUCGGGCAGUCUUCGGGAUUGCUUGACCCCAUCUCGAUGACCGACCUGGUUCCCAAGUCACUGUUUUUGACGAGGCCUAACAUGCUGGACUAUGUUGGCACCCGCGACGAGCUGCUCCAGGUGGCCGGCGAGGUGUUUGCCAACGUGCUCAGUGGGGUGCUGCGCAUCCGUGUAAACCACACCUACCCGCUGUCUGAAGCGGCCCACGCCCACGCCGACCUCGAGGCCAGGAAGACCUCCGGAGUGUUGUUUUUUUUGCUUUCUUCUUCCUCCCGCCCGGCCACGCCCGCGCCGCGGCCGCCCCAGUCCCUGCCCGGCCACGCACCGCCCCCGCCCGCCCCCGGCUACGCCCGCUCGCGCCCGCUCCGGCCACCUCCCCUGCUCCCGGACAAUGCCGCCCAGGCCCCGCGCACGGCCGCCGGCCACACCAGGACCCCGCCCGGCCACGGCCCCACACGCCCCCGGCCACGGCCGCCUGCGCCCCGCUUCGGGCCCGCUCGCUCGUGCCCGCCGGCUGCUCGGCCGCCACGCCCCGCGGCUGCCCGCGCCCGCCAGCGGCUCGCCCGCCAACACCCCGCGGCCGCCCGCGCCAAGUAG